UUUUAAAACCGUAGUUUGAUGCUCUUCUCACAACAGAAGACAUACUAGGUACCUCACAGGAAGAUUGAGGGACUCUGACAGAUAGGAGAAGAAGAAUGAAUUCUACUGAAGACAUUGAAAAUAUUAACAUCCUGACUCAGUACUUGAACGGAUUUGUAAUCUCAAAGACUGUUUUUACUGCCUGUGAGAUGGGAGUAUUUGAUCUGUUGCUAGGAUCAAAAGAACUCUUGAGCUCAAAAAUGAUCUCUGAUAGGUUGAAUUCCAGCCUCAAAGGAAUGGAGAAAUUGUUGGAUGCUUGUGUGGCUUUAAAGCUCCUGAAAGUGGAGAGGAAAAAUACCCAAGUUCUUUAUGGAAACACGGACCUUUCCAAUCUCUACCUUGCUAAAUCAAGCCCAAAGUCUCAAUAUUAUUAUAUGAUGUUCUUCUCUGAAAGUCUCUAUUCAAAGUUCCAUUACUUGGCAGAUGCUGUGAGGGAAGGAAAAUGGCAGCGUGAGAAAUUUGAUAAUUCACCAAAAAAUAUAUUUGAGGAAUUGUACAGCUCAAAAGAAAAUAUUAAAAAAAUCAUGCUUGCCAUGAAUGCCAGUUGCAGUCUGUGUGGAAGAGAUGUGAUGACUGCAUUUGAUCUGUCUCAUUUCCCACUCAUUUGUGAUGUAGGAGGAUGUGGUGGUGCCUUGGCUAAGGAGUGUAUUUCAUUGUACCCAAAUUCUACCAUCACUAUCUUAGACCUACCAGAAGUGGUGAAAAUUGCAAAGAAAGAUUUUGUAUCUGCAGAAGAGCAUCGGAUUAAUUUCUGUGCAGUGGAUUUUUUUAAAGAUCCUGUUCCAGAAGCCGAUUUAUACAUUUUGGCUCGGAUCCUCCUUGACUGGGAUGAUGAGAGUUGCAUGGAGCUACUAACCAAAGUGCACAAGGCCUGCAAACCCGGUGGUGGAGUGUUAAUCUCUGAAAUAGUACUCAAUGAAGACAGAAGUGGCCCAAUAGAAGCCCACUUUGCGUCAAUGCUCUUACUGUUUUAUUUUGAAGGGAAAAUACGGACCCCAUCAGAGCUUAGCAGGCUCCUCUCUGCAACUGGCUUCAAGGAGAUACAAAUGAAGAAAACACAAAGCCAGUACAAUGUCAUUUUAGCAAGAAAAUAAUGUUGUUAGCUUUUAAUUCUUUUUCAGUGCCUAAAGGGACCUACAGUAUGAACAUAUAUCAUAUUCUGACCAUGUAUUUAGCUUAUUAUAAUCUGGACUAUGGAUGUGGAGUUAUUUUUGACUUAAAAAACCCCCAAUAACCUGGCAUAUGCUCCCCCCACCCCAUGUUUCUGGUGGAAACAGAUGGAUGCAUGGCCUUGCUACUGAUUGUACUAAUCUCACACUAUGUAAUCCGCCUUGAGUCUCAGUGAGAAAGGUGGACAAUACAUAAAUAAAUAAA